AUGGCAGCCACAUCCACGACAAGUCUUGUCAAAGAAGUUGUCAUUGUUGAUGGCUUGCCAACGGUUGUAUCGAAAAUUUUGCCAAAGAAACGUAAUAACAAGUACGUAAUUGUUGUGAUCCCUGGAAAUCCAGGUUUGGUGGAGUUUUAUGAUGACUUUGUGAUCACCUUGUUCAAUUCUCUUCACGGGCAAAGUCCGGUGUAUGCUAUUUCACAUGCAGGUAGGCAUUGAUUGAAAAAAACAGGCAGCCAAUUACAAGCUUAAGGUGUUUUACUUGACAGAAAUGCUCUCUUCCUUUUCUUCUAUAUUUCUUAUUUCUUCUUCUUAUUAUUAUUUUUAUUUCUUUAUUUUUUGUGCUUUCUCUUUUUUCGCUUCUUUACGCACAAUCUGCAUGUAAGUAAUAACUGAAGUCCCUAUUGGGCUUCAAUCACAGGUAGACAAAGUUCCCCGAGCCAUGUUUCUCUUAUAAAGUAUGAAACCCCGGGUUUUGUAGUGCGCUCAUCUAAAAGUUUUUUUCCUGCCUCUGUUUUAAAAUCCAGGGCUCGAAAUAAUGGCCAGUUGACCGGUCAGACGAUUUGGUCUUGCCAGUCAUGUUGACCGGUCACAUUCGAUUCGGAUUGUAUUGAAAAUGAAAUAAAUUAAAAUUUUCAUGCUGUUCAGUUGUUUCAGUCGUUAUUAGUAUGUGGCGAGUUGCUGUGUAUUGCAGAUCUUUGAUCUGAAAUCCUGGGUGAAAUGCGACUAGAACCAUUGUUUACAAUUAGCAUACUGAAACAGACAUCGGGGUUCACGCACUUCCAGUCACAAAAUUAAAAAUAUCUUCACUUCUACUAGUUAAGCAACAAACUUUUAAUUUCUGGAAAUAUAUAAUGCCAGUUUUGGUUCAUGCACUCUUGUUUUAAGAGUUUUAAGAGUUAUUCAUCAUAAAUUUGACUGUUCAGAAAUGAUAUGUGACCGAGCUAAAAUGAACUUGGCUGGUCCUUAUGUCCAGAGACUCCAGAAAUUAUUUCAGGCCCUGAAAUCAAAACAUAUGACAGAUUAUCUGUUCCAAAACAUUGUGAACCUCUCUGCCUGUCAUGAAUAUUUUUUGAACUUACGUAAUUCUCGCUUUGUUUUUCUCCUCUUAGGUCAUUCACCAGCAGAAGAUUACUUGGCAAACCCAGAUCAGAAUUGCUUGUCAGUAGAUGAAAAUGAAACAAAAGAAGCAAACAGCCUUCCGCUGAGCCUUAAAGAACAAAUUGCUCACAAAAAUAAAUUCCUUGAGGGCCACAUUUCCACUCACUCUAGAAUAAUACUUAUUGGGCACUCUAUAGGAGCUUAUGUAAUAUUAAAUCUUCUCAGAACUUGCCAGAGGGCAUCAGACAUUACCAAAGCAUUCCUUCUGUUUCCAACAGUUGAGCGAAUGGCCAUUUCUCCAAGUGGACGAUACGUCACUCCACUGGUGACUUAUUUUAAGUGGUUGGCAAUUGCUUCAAGUGCUGCAUUUUCAAUUUUGCCUGCUUUUGUCAAAGAGUUCCUUGUGCGCUGGUGGUUAAAUGACAGAAAGCGACUGAGUUUAAGCUCAGUGGAGUCUAUCCUUAAACUGCUAACUCCUCAGUCAAUUGAUGGUGUUUUUACAAUGGCGCAACAUGAGAUGAAGGAGGUGGUUGACCUUGAUGAUGAGGUACCUAUCAUACAAAGUAUAUACACUGCAAUAAUUUAAUGAAUUCUUUGUUGAAGCCAUUUGCAUUAAAAAAUUGCAAACUUGAGAGAAUUUCCCUCAAUUCAAUCUGGGUUGCAUUAAGCUUUAAAAUUUUUGUAUUUAUUGCAAUUGACAUGAAAGAACACACAUCUUAUACAGAGUGGAGUGACACUGUAUGGGACAUCUAGGGUGACCAAAUUAUGCUUAAUAAAAGACAUUGUCACCAACUUGUCAAAGAAGAGAGACCCUAGAAUUAUGCUCUGAUUAUUACUAAACAAAUACCAUAAAAUUCAGAAAAUAAACCCUGGGGCUUAUAUUUUUCAAAGGCCCUUUUUGAGGGGCUUAUUUUUGAAGGGGCCUAUAUUCAGAGGGGCUUAUUUACGGAAUGAAAUUUGCGUUUCAAAAUCGAUUGGGCUAGCCUUGUAGUUGAAAGUAAAUUUACCAUUUUUGCUUUGUUUUACUUCGUAUUUGAGGGCAAUUUUGCCAGUACAAGUCCCCAGGGGGCUUAUAUUUGGAGGGACGAUUUAACGGAGGACUUUUUGCAUUACCCAUUUAGGGGGCUUAUAUUUGGAGGGGCUUAUACAUGGAGGGGCUUAGUUUCAGAAUUUUACGGUAGUUAUUGUUUGUCUUUUAAGAGACCCUUAACUUCCUCGUUUAUUAAUUUGAAGGGGACACAAAACAAACUACACUGUUGUUCAAAUGGGGCAGUCAUGGAUGUAAGCCUGAUAGCCUACAUGGUAGGCAUUGAAAGAGGAAGGGAAACGGGAAAUUCACCAGGCACGAGGGUACGAGCAGCAGUCUUCUUCGCUGCCACUUGGGCUGGUGCUCCCUGCCCUUAUGUAGGGAGCAUUGACUCCAGCCCAAGCAGCGGCAAAGUAGUUUAGAGCACAAGGGUGCCUUUUAAUGCCUGUCAUGUAGGCUAUUAGGCUGAUUGUGUGGAUCACCUACUGACAGUGGGAGCCUAUGAUAUUAGAUAAAUUAUAUAAUUAUAUAUGUAUAUUUUAUCAGAUCAGAUGAUUAUAUUAACACAGUAAACCAAAAAUCUUUAAUUUUAUUUAUCUUAAAAAUGAUACUGGGGGGUACUCUAGAAUUAAAUAAUAAUUUAUUAUUGAUGGGAAUGGUCAAAGUAUUUUCUCGGGGUUUUGUUUUUUUUCCAUUUUGUUUUGGGGUAGAAAAAUUUGGCAAGUAAUUUUUUGGGGACCUUGAUUUAAGUACAGAUUUUUGGGGUAUUCAAAACAAUCUUAAAGUUGGCUAGUACUGCAUGUGUAAAUGUGGAUUGCAUAGUUCUGGACUACCAGAAGAGGAAACGGUAAAUGCAGAUGGUACAUUGAAUAAAUAACAAGAAACAUUUCUUUAAUCUUGCUUGUAAUGUCUGUAAUUGAUGACUUUAAUGUUGUUCUCUCGGUUAGGUAAUAGAACAAAAUUUAAAGAAGCUGCUAUUUUAUUAUGGAGCCACUGAUCACUGGACUCCAGUCUCGUAUUACGAGGACAUGAAAGAAAAGUUUCCUGAUGGUGAAAUUUAUUUGUGUGAAAGGAAGUUUAAACAUGCGUUUGUUUUGGAGUCUUCAGAAGAAGUUGCAGAAAUGGUGGCAUCUUGGAUACAAGAGGUAAUUGCAUAA